AUGGAACCAUUUUGCAACCAGCGCUUUGGGACUUGGUAUAAAGGCACUCGUGCAUUGUAAGGCCCAUCGCAAUUCUGUUAAACGCGUCUCCCAGCAUGAAACGACUUCUUCUGUUCGCGUUGUUAAUAUACGCCAUUUCGGCCCAGAAAUGUGUCGUUCGAGACAAGAAGGAAAAAAAACCAAAUAUUCAAGUGGUCAAAGUGGACGACGCAAUCAGAAAAGAAAACUCAAACGUUCAGGUCAUCGAAGUAGACGAAUCAGACAGAUCAGGAAGACCGGACAUUCAGGUGAUCGAAUUGGACGAAUCAAGCAAAGAGUCAAGCGAAAUCGUGGCUUACGAAGUUUCGGACAGAUCGAGAAGGCAAGCAGUCGAUAAUAAGGCUAAACGCAAGUACUGCAAGAAGGAUAAUGAUUGCGGUCCAGGAUCAGUGUGUUUAGCAAAUGUGGUCUGCGUAAAAGGAAGAAGACGAACUAUAGAAAAGUUUCAAAAAGUGAAGGCUAAAGAUGCUAAAAAAGACAAGACAAUAACGAAGUAACGGUGACGUGGCAACCAUGUUUCCAUGUAUGACGACGGGAUGCCGGUAAAAUUUUUCGGUGGAGUAACCCCGCUACCCUCGCCGAACAAUAAGCGCUCUCGCAUCAAUCGAAUGAUCGAUUUCCCAUCAUCGCCAAUAUUCAGCGGAUAUCUGUUUGCUUAUCUGUAUUUCGUGUGCACUGAUGAAAUUUCCCGCUGCACAUCCAUCCAUUGUCAACGCAUGAAUAUAACAUAAACCCGAAAAUAUUGGACAUUUAAUGGCGACCUGGCCGCGGCCGCGUACGCAUGUAGUAAAGCGGUUAAGUUACAUUUUACACGCGGAUUCGGAUCGGAACGCCUGCGAGCGGGAUACGACUGGCGCGGUAAAAGCUCUCCGCCCCUUCUCCGCCUUCGGGGAAAAAAAACAAACAGUAUCGUCGGGGAAACAUAUGGUGCCGUACGAUAGGGACUCAUUAACGGCAGAGAAACGGGGCAAUGCGAGUGAGAAAUCGUAAGAAAGGAGGGUUAGACCUCUCUCGUCGUCGUAAAUUUAGUGGGAACAACUGUGCUUUCGCCUGCAAGCAGCUCCGCUUGCAGCCCCACCGCAACCGCAACCCCGAUUCGAAACACCGUGACGCCGUUGAAAAAUCUUACUGCGCAUUACAGAUUUACACUCGAAAUCAAUUAGCCCCUAAUUGACACGGAUGAGACGUGCGCGGUCCGCACGAGUACAGCUUUUAUUGGGAAACUAUCGGAUAUUGACGAUGCGCCGAUUAUAGAAGUUGAUCUCCCUUGGGGAGAUUGUCGUCAACACGAUGACAGACUUUCCGUGCAGGGGAACACUUCUAUUUUUGGUGUUAUUAAUAAUAAAUAUCGCAGGUGGCGGUUACAUUAAUAAAAUAUUAUAACAAAUUGUAGAGUUAACCAGAUAACAAUGCAAAAUAAAUGUUGCAUGUCUCAAAGGUAUAUUCGUCUCGUUAAAAGCCAAUCAAUUAUUCAUCUACUCUGCGCGUUUCGCGAUGCAAAAAUAAAUACCGCGUCCAAUAACACGGGGAAUCGGUCAGGGAGGGAAUCAUCGGCCUCUACGAGAGAGCCAGCCAGUUGAUGUCUCGUAAAACCUCACGAAACUCAACGGCGGCGGCGCGCGGUAAGAUUUACGAUUCCAGCAAGAAGAAGCGUAACAUCCGUAAUAUCCUUUCUUCGCGAAGAGGUGGACGGUGAUUUUUCAUGCGGGGGCCAUUCUUCUCUCGUCACGAGGCACCGUUUAAUUUUAUUUUAAUACGGAAAAAAUGAAUCCUCUCUGUAACGUGCGUAACGGCGGGAUGAAGAGCGCCCGGGAGCCCGAGGAGAUUCGCGAGGGAGAGACACGGUCGUAAAUAUUUGCACAACUUGUUGGCGCGAGCGUCUGGUAACACGCGCGGCCAAAUUUCGGGCACGUCAAAAUAUUUAAAGCCGAGGGCGCAAUUAGCGCGAGAAUCACCUUUGCUCCUGUGAUCGGAGACGCCGCCAGCUGUCUCGUUUGUCAUUUCUGUUUACGAAAAAGCGAUACUUCCGACAUUUUGCAUGAAAUAUCGUGGAAACACGUUUUUAACAUAAUUUAAUUUGUGAAACAUCUUUAACAUUAUUUAAUCUGUAAAACAGUAAUUAUCUAGACAGUACCAUGUUCGGGCAUAAAGGUCUUAAAGACGUUAUUUACAUAUCUUUCAGACAUUCUAUAAUACAAAUAAUCUUAAAGAUGUCUUUAAGAAAAGUAGAAAAUUUAAAUUAACAUGUUAAUUAACAUUUUGUCAAUAUUGGAUUUCUUGGAGUGUUCGUAUAGCUCAUAAGCAUGUAAAAAAAAUGUCAAUCACAUUACAUUGGCAUUGAUUAAUAUCGAACCUAAUAAAUAUUAAUCAAAGUUACGUUUUCUUCCUCUGCUUAUAUUAUUUCUAAGACUAUGAAGCAGAGAAAGAACAACCUCUUUUAACUCUGGGGUACUACUUAUAUUUUUCUUACAUUAAGAACAAAGGGAGGUAGAAAGAUUUAAAAUGACAAAAACUCUGUCAACUUUAACUCAUUAAUAUAGACGUAGAAAUGAAUUGAAUACGAAAUUCUUUUGUAGUCUAUUUAUACUGUGUAAUAAAAAACUAUUUUUGAGGUUACAAUAAAGUUACUGGAGCUUGUGUACAUCGCACAAUGUAAUUUAUGGUUUUGUAAGAAUUAUGUUUCGAAAGCUUCCUUCUGUAGAAUGAAUUAAAAUAAAAAAAAUCUUAUACAAAUUAACAAAAUGGCAAAAAAAUUAAAGAAGUAGAACUCUUUUUAGUAAUGUAAAAUGUAAAUAAAAUUGACUGUAAUAUAAAUUUAAUGCUCUUUAAUUUUUAAAAAAUCUUAAUAUUUUUUUCGUUUUUUCGAGUUACACUUCUAAAAUAUUAACGAUUUCCACUGCGCGAUGAGACAGACUGCUGAAGCUUUAUAUUUUAUAAUUUUGCAAAUAGUUCUCUUAUUGUUAAUACAUAAUAAAAAGUAACUUACAAAAAAUUUCA